UCAACUCAAAGGCAUCAGUUCAACUGCAACAGUUCUACAAAUCAAUCUACAAAGAAAUCCAAACAAACCAAACACCCAAGCAAAAUGAAAUUCCUAUCGGUUGCUUUCCUGCUCGGUCUCUUGGCUCUGGCCAGUGCCACUCCUCUGAAUCCUGGCAAUGUGAUCAUCAACGGUGAUUGCCGAGUGUGCAACGUGCACGGUGGCAAAUAAAAGACGCAAAUAUCAUUUUCAACUAUACAACUAACUAGAAAGGAAUACUACCUACACCAAUAUGUUCAAGAUCAACGAUAUAUAACAUGUACAUACUAUUUUGACUAACAAUUUGAUUGAUUAAACAAUAAAAACUCAUCAUGUAAUUUAUACUGCA